AGCAGAGCAUCCUCACCUCCUUCCUCCCGCCCUGCACCCCGCUCUCUGCUGCGGCCCUGCGGGGCCAGCAAAACCUUCCUGAGAGGGCGAACGGGAUUCUGAGGGUCUGGAAACUCGCUGUGAGCUCGGUUUGGUUUGACUUUGACCUUCAGAGAUUUAGUCUGACAGGAACGGUGGCUCUGAAGUGCCUGUCUAGGUGACGACGGUUGGUUGCUGCUAGCACCUUGCUCUCAAAUUCGGAAAUUUUAAUAGGAAUUUAAAGUACAAAUUAAGCUGUUUUUAAUAUUUAUUAGUGUUUUGUCGGGAUAUUGUUGGAAGUGCUUUCAGUAGACGAUCAAAUAGUGUAGUUUUAACUACUAAUUUUCAGUUUACUUUGCUAAAGCUGACUGACACGCUGUGUUAGCAGAGCCUGUCAGCGUGUUCAGCGUCGCGCAGGAUGGGCUCGGUUUCGCUCGGGUCUUUCCGUCGUUCGGUUUGUUCGGUUUUGUGAGACUUCUGUGAAAAUGAUGAAACGGGGAGCAGGUGGGAAAAGCAGCUACAGUCCAUAUUCGACGAGCCAGAGGGUCAAGAAGUCAGACAGUAAAACAAAACUGGAUAUCUUGCCCAAUAGACCCAACGUGUGGCUCAAGCAGCUGUCCAUUCUCCAGGAGCAGCCUCGGAAAGAUACUGUAGAUUCCAGCACCUCUUCUUCUGCCAAUCCUGCCAGUCUUUGCUCCUCUGUCGCAGAUGCCCCGAGCUGCCCGGGCACUCCCUCUGCCCAGCACACCAAACUGGUGGGCUGCCCCUCCCCUGUGGGCACCCUGAAGAGACCCACAGCCCUGAGCCGCCAUGCCAGCGCCGCAGGCUUUCCUCUCCAGUCGUGGGUGUUCAGCAAAGGCCAGGGCCGAGCAGCCAUCGCCCAGAGCCCGCAGGCAGAGGCCGUGGAGAUGCCCGCCAUCAUCGAGGUGGAGGACAUCCCCUCGCUGCUGCGUGUGGUGGCCCGCUUCGCCGAGGCUGUGGAGAAACUGAAAGACGUGGUGCUGGAAGACAAACAGGAGAACCGGCGGCCACUGGCCCACGAGUGUCUGGGGGAGGUCCUGCGAAUCCUGCGGCAGGUCAUCAGCAUGUACCCCCUUCUCAACACGGUGGAGACCCUCACUGCAGCUGGCAAGCUUAUCUCCCAGGUCAAAGGGUUCCACUAUGAAGUCUGCAAUGAAUCUGACAAGAAGGACUUUGAGAAAGCCAUCGAGACCAUUGCAGUCGCUUUCAGCAGCAACGUGUCGGAGCUGUUGAUGGGGGAAGUUGACAGCAGCACUCUCUUAUCUGUAAUGCCCACAGAGAAGAGCAGGUCUAUGGAGAAUCUUUACAAAAUGUCUGGUCAGGAAACCUCACAAACACGGAGCGACUCUUCUGAAUUUGUAAUGAGUGCGGAGGAGGUGGACAUCCUUCUGCAGCGCAGUGAAGGUGGAGUGGACUCCGCUCUGAUGUACGCCAAGACCAUCUCCAAGUACAUGAAGGACCUCAUCGGCUAUGUGGAGAAACGAAUCUCACUCGAGGUGGAAUUUUCCAAGGGCCUCCAAAGACUGUACCAGGCUUGCAAACAGACCAUCACACAGCCACACAUGCCUUUCUUCUCCAUCUACUCUCUGGCUCUGGAGCAGGAUCUAGAGCAGAGUGCUGGAGUACAUCAGGCUGCAACCACCCUGCACAACCAGACCUUCAUACAGCCUUUGAUGCACCGUAAGCAGGAACACGAAAAGAAACGAAAAGAGAUCAAGGAGCUGUGGCUCAAAGCCAAGAGGAAACUGAUGGAGUCUGAGGCUAACUUGAAGCGGGCUAAGCAGGUGUACGCCGCUCGCUGUGAGGAAUACGAGAAGGCCAAGACGGCAGCCAGCAGAGCAGAGGAAGAGGGCAGCAGCUCCACCACCAAAGCACUGGACAAGAAAAAACGACUGGAAGAAGAGGCUCGCAAUAAGGCUGAGGAGGCUGAGGCUACAUACCGCACAUGCAUUGCGGACGCCACCACACAGCACCAGGAGUUGGAGCACACGAAGGUCACAGUGCUGAGACAGAUCCAGGAGGUCAUCAAGCAGAGUGACCAGACGCUCCGCUCUGCUACUAUUUCCUAUUACCAGACCAUGCAUGUGCAGACGGUGGCCCUGCCUGUGCACUACCAGACACUGUGUGAGAGCAGUAAGCUGUACGAUCCGGGCCAGCAGUACGCCACCCACGUCAGAGACCUGCAGAUGAGCGAGGAGCCUGAAGUCCAUUACAGCUUCGAGCCCUACUGUCCCAUCAGCAGCCAGCAGGCAGCCAGACUGCGCGCUGACAGCUCCAACACAGAUGCUCACAGCAGCCCUGAAGCACCGGCAACAGCAGGAGAAGAUGCAGCCUCCUCUCAGAGAGAGGAGCACAAGAAGGCACGAAGUCACAUGACCCACAAAUCGUGGGGCUCCACAGUGAGCGACACAGACAGUGUGUGCGGAGGGAGCGGGCUGGGCUCCCCCACCACCAGCACAGGUGACAUCAGUAAAAUGGCACGAACAGCAUCCACAGGAACCAUGUCAUCAAACGAGGACCCGGAUGAAAAGGAUGGAAACAUGGCCUCCUUUGAAACUCCCAACAUUAACGGCAUCGAGCCUGAGAUCGUGGUGCCCACUGGGCCGUUUCGGAACAUCGGCUUGUCCAAAGCUGCGCAGACGCACCGACUGCGCAAACUGCGCUCUCCAGCUAAGUGCCGGCAGUGUGACAGCUACGUAUACUUUCAGGGGGCGGAGUGUGAGGAGUGUUUCCUGGCCUGUCAUAAGCGCUGCUUAGAGACUCUGGCUAUUCAGUGUGGUCAUAAGAAACUGCAGGGCCGCCUCCAGCUCUUUGGGCAGGAGUUCUCCCUGGUGUCCAACAACAGCUCCGAUGGCAUCCCCUUCAUCAUCAAGAAGUGCAUCUGUGAAAUAGAAAGGAGAGCGCUUAGGAUGAAGGGCAUUUACCGGGUGAACGGGGUGAAAACACGAGUGGAGAAGCUGUGCCAGGCCUUCGAGAAUGGCAAGGAGCUGGUGGAGCUGUCCCAGUCCUCUCCACACGACAUCAGCAACGUGCUCAAACUCUACCUGAGACAGCUUCCAGAGCCCAUCAUGCCUUUCCGCCUGUACAAUAGUCUGAUGGGCCUGGCUAAGGAGAGCUUGGCCCUUGUGGGGCCUGAGGGGGCCGAGGCUGGGAAGGGGCCGGACCUGGUGGAUCUGGGCCAAGGGACGGACCCUGAGCUCAUGGCCCUGGUGCACCGACUGAAGGAACUCCUCGCAGAUCUCCCCAAAGCUAACAUCACCACGCUACGCUACAUAGCGCGCCACCUACGCAGAAUUGCCGAACUGGAAGAGGAUAAUAAAAUGAGCCCCAGUAAUUUGGGUAUUGUGUUUGGACCCUCGCUGAUGCGGCCCCGGCCUUCAGGGGCCACGGUGUCCCUCUCAUCUUUGGUGGAUUACCCCUUCCAAGCCCGAAUUGUGGAGACCCUCAUUGUGUUUUACCGCACUAUCUUUCCAUCCGAGUCACACCACACAGGCAGCACCAGUGCAGUCACCUCCCCAUCUCUGCAGCAGGAGAGCAGUGUGGAUGGGGAGGACUCUGGGACAAAUGAUGGAGAUGAAGCAGAUCACACUGAGGAACAUGGAGGAACCGAGGUGGCCAAGCUAUGUGAAGGCAGAGAAGGCUCCACAGGCACGCUUGGCUCGCUGGAGCACAGCCUGGACUCUGACUCAGAACUGGAAGAGGAAGGACGGGCAGAAGUGCAGACGCUCAGUCCCAUGGACCAGUGCAGCAACGAGGAGCCUGGCCAUCCUCCUGCAGCCACUGACCUUCAAAGCCCCUCUGGCUCGGACAGUGAGCCUCCUGCUCUGCCUGAUAGUGAGCCUCCAGAACUCCACACUCCAGAGGAGGAGACAGCAACGAGCUCACUGGGAGAUCAGCUGGUCCAAUAACAACAGGGCACUUCCCCCAGUGUCAGUCGGGGACAAUGUCCAGCUGCAGGGACAUUUCUAAGAACACUGCAGUGUUAUAAUCAUCUCAGGUACUAGAAGAGUGCACAGUAUGGACCAAAUGUAAUAUUGUGAUUGCACUCACUGGCCACUUUAUUAGGUACUUGUUUCUACACACACAGCUCCACUUACCAUAUAGAUGCACUUUGUAGUUCUACAGUUACAGACUGUAGUCCAUCUGUUUCUCUGUAUACUGGAUCAUUCUGCUGAUCACACUGCUGAUUUAAGAAUAGUCCACCAACCGAAAAUAACCAGCCAACAGUGUCUUGUGGUCAGAAACUGUCCACUGAUGAAGGACUAGAGGAUGUCUAACACGAACUGCACAGUAACAGAUGAGCUACUGUCUCUGACUUUACAAGAUACACCGAUAACGUGUGCCUAAUAGAGUGGGCAGUAAGUGGACACAGUGUUUAAAACUCCAGCAACACAGAGGGUGCAUUGUUACAUAUUACGAUUACAAUAUAACUUACAACAUAUUGAAGGGGAAUUCCACUAAUAUUUCAAAAUUUCUGCAUGGUUCAAUCACUGAGAUGUGAAUAAAGUCAUUCAAUCAACAUUUUUUUACAGUGGUGGUGACAGGAACCAGGGGUUGUAGACAAAUAUAUCACAAAUAUAGUGAUUUAAUUUAUUAUCCAAAAUCACCAGUGAACCUACGUGAACCUGCACCUUUCCCUGAAUGGAUAUUAAAAAAAAAGGUUUUAGGGCAAAAUCUUUUCUCAGGACUAUUCUUACACAAUGUCUCCGGCAUUAGGCUGUUAUACGUAACUACUUUAUGUAAUAAAUUAAUCUGAGAGGGUUUUUUUAGAGGCAUUUAACACUUUGGAUGGCUGGUUCCCAUCACUGCCACCGUGAACAGUUCUGAGUCAGUAAGUUUCUCUAGAACAGAGCAUUUCAUGCCAAACCACUCUGAAUGAAUCUGUUUACAUCACAACCAGUUCAUUAUGUAGAAAUGUUGAAAAAUCUGUGGAAUUCUCCUUUAAAAAUAUACUAACGUAUCACUGAUGUGACGUGGAUAUGAAGUUUAGUUCUGCAUUAAUUUUGACCAAAAACAUUUACAUUUGCUGGAUCAGGUGAACGUCUAAAUUCAUCCAGACACCCACACAAAUUCAUCUGGAGCAUCUGAGGCUCACAGCACAUAAUAAAGCAUUUAGUAUUGGUUAGAGGGUCAUUUGCAUAUUGCAGCCUUCCCCAAUAUCAGUACUUGCAAAGGCCAAUAUCACAGUGAAGAUGAACAAACGCUGUAUUGUGCAGCUCUGGUUCCUGGAGUGGUGAAAUGCCACAUUACCAUGAUGGUUGUUCCAUGGAGAUGUUUGGAAGCCCUCACUGUGGUCAUCUAUGAAUGUGUCUUAACGUGAUUUGCAUGUUGCUUCUGGACUGUGGUUUUAAGGACUGUGAAUGUGACAGUGUUCCUCUUAACCACAUAUCAAUACAGUUUUAUGAUGGAACAGAUAUUUAAAUGAUUUUAGUGCCAUUGCUUGUGCAAGGGUUUGAAAGUGAAUCUUAUUCUUUCCUGAUUUCAAGCAGUUUUCAGUUUAGUAUUAUUUUAUGACGCUUCAGUAGACCACAUGCUUUUCAUACUUCUAGUAUGCAAGUUUUUUCAUUAUUACCAAAACCACAUCGCGUGAAAUGCUCACAAAUGUGUUGUUCUGCCAAAUAAAUUGCUUUAUUAUACUAUACUUUUAAUAAAUAAAAAUAAAACAGCAAGAACGUUUCUGUAAAACGCAGUGUGGGGUUAUGUG